AUGUCAAACAACACAGUUGAAAGUAAUUUGAGCUUACUGAGAGGGUUCAUGAAGAAUAACAAUUUGGAUGCUUACAUUAUACACCAUAAUGAUCCACAUUUCACCGAAAUCCCUCACAAGUCGUACGAAUAUUUGGCCUUUAUUAGCGGAUUUACUGGUUCAGCGGGUACGGGAUUGGUCACCAUGGAUCAGGCCCUAAUUUGGGUAGAUGGCAGAUACUUCCUCCAAGCUGAGCAACAACUUGAUACCAGUUUGUGGAAAAUAAUGAAGUAUGGGAUUAAAGAUGUGCCAACUCCACUUGAAUGGAUAAAUAAAUCAAACUUGAAACGCAUAUCAUUUGAUUCAAACGUGAUACCACAGUAUCAGUAUGCAGAGGCACUUACUGAGCUUGUAGGCAAGGACAUGGUUCCGUUGUCAGUCAAUCCCUUAGAUAGCAUUUGGACAGAUAGACCCAAUAUGCCAGACUCUAAAGCAUUUGUCCUUGAAGAUAAAUAUACCGGAAAAUCAUAUACUGACAAGCUUAGUGCUGUGAAAGAGAAAAUGAAGGAUAAAAAUGUUGGAUGCCUCAUAGUGACCAAUUUAGAUGAAGUGGCUUAUUUGUUUAACUUAAGAGGAGGCGAUACUGAUGAUUCGCCCCUACUCUAUGCAUAUGCCACUGUCACUAACAAUGAAACCACACUAUUUAUUGAUAAUUCUAAACUCACAAACGAAGUAUUACAGUAUUUAACAACAAAUGACAUAAAAAUAAAGGACUACAACGAUAUUUUCAAUUAUCUAGAAAAGUUGCCACCUGAUACUGUAUUUUGGGCUUCAAGUAGCGCCAAUUACAACGUUAUAAUGAAAACAGGCAAACAAUUUAUCACUAAGCAAAAAGUGAUAACUGAGGAAACUCCAAUAUCACACUUAAAGGCAGUUAAGAAUAAAGUAGAAUUGGAAGGGAUGAAAAUGGCACAUAUUUAUGAUGGUAUGGCCCUCUGCCGUUUAUUUGCAUAUCUAAAUGAGUUGAAAUCAAAUGGCAGCAUCUUUGAUAUGAAUGAAUUUGACAUAUCAAAGCUUUCAUCCGAGUAUAGGAUGGAUAUGCCUUUAAGUAAGGGCGAUUCGUUCACGCCCAUAUCUUCAAUUGGCAAAAAUUCCGCCAUAAUACACUACAGGCCAAACCCUAACAAUUCAGCCAAAAUAACCCCUAGCAUGUAUUUAUUAGACUCAGGUGGCCAAUACUUGUGUGGAACCACUGAUGUAACUAGGACAAUCCAUUUUGGCGUCCCUAGUGAUAAGGAAAAGCACGACUACACUCUAGGGCAUUUAGGCCUAAAGAAUAUAAAAUUUCCCCUUAAAACAGUGGGAAAUUCACUCGAUGUACUAGCACGUAUGCAUUUGUGGAAGGAGCAGAAGAACUACAAUCAUGGUACGGGGCAUGGAGUCGGUUCAUUUCUAAAUGUACACGAGGGUCCAGUUCAUAUUGGAACAACGAGGGAGGGGAAAACUACAUCGUAUGAACUCAAACCGGGAAUGGUGUUGUCGAACGAGCCGGGCUACUACAAGCCCGAUGAAUACGGUAUUAGGAUUGAAAAUAUGAUAUUUGUCACGCAAAUUAACAACAGUGGGAAUUUUUGCACCUUUGAAGAUCUCACAAUGGUCCCCUACUGCCGAGAGUUGAUAGAUACUACAAUUAUGACAAACGAGGAAAUUGAAUGGCUUAAUAAUUACCACAAACAAGUACACGACACUUUGAUUGGGUUUCUAGAUGAGGGGGGAGAUAAGUAUAUAUCGGCAAAAGAGUACCUUCUUGAGGCUACUAAGCCGUACCCCAUCCAUUAG